AUGAGCUCCUACGAAGAGCCAAACAACCCCGAACUCGAGUCCUUCCGCCAGCAAUGGCGGGCCGAGGUCCAGGCUAGAGCCGCUCGACACGCAUCCUCAUCUCAACGUCAGCAACAUCACCAACAUCAUGAAUCCCACGCUGGACCCUCCUCCACAUCCCCCGCCCAACCCAUCCGAGUCACAACCCCGCGGGGUAAGCCCCCUGCGUCAGCGAAGAAGACAGUCGUUAAGGAUUCUGAGGACGACUACGUCCGGUCGCAGCCGUUUGAUGAGCCCGUUCACGCAGCAGGAGCUGCUCAAGGGGAGAAGGGCAAGGGCGCAGCGGGUACGCAGCAAGAGCCGGUCACGGCGCUGGAACAUUAUGAACGGGCUGUGGAAAAGGAGGCGGCAGGGAAUCUGGGGGAGAGUUUGAGGUUGUAUCGGAAGGCUUUUCAGAUGGACGACCAGGUCGACCAGAAGUACAGGAACAAGCACUUCCCCAAAAAGCCUGCGCCGGUUUCUUCCUCAACUUCUGCAACUGGGGCAGGUUUUAAGACAACCCCAACCUCUACGCAAAAGCAAGAACCUUCACAACCCAUUCCCCUCAAAGACCUCAUCGAAAGCUUCUCCUCCCUGACCAUCACCCCCGCGCCGCCCGUCAUCGAGGGCACGCCCCCUCCCCCGUGCCCAAUCGCCUCCCUCCCCGAGGAAAUCCUCGUCCAAAUCCUUGAAGACGUCGCCAUCAAUGACGUCGGCGACUUCGUUCGCCUUUCCCUCGUCUGCAAGCGCUUCGCUUACCUAGUCGCCACCGAAGACCGCAUCUGGCGACGCAUCUGUUUGGGCUCUGAGUUCGGCUUCGGCGGCAUGCAUUACUACUGGCAGUGUCAGAUCACCUGGGAGCCGUUGACCGAGGCCGAUCUGAUCCGCGAAGCGGAGGAGUCCUCCAACGCUCAAGAUGACCCCAAUACCUCGGGAACGACCACCCCAACGACAACAACAUCAUUUCCAGCCCCAGCCCUGACAUUAGCAGCUCGCGCGCGCCUCCACGCCGAAGAAAAGCGCGCUGUAACCCUCGCUUUUUACAACUCACCCUUGUACUCCUCCUCCUGGCAACGCAUGUGGCGUCUGCGCCCGCGCAUCCGGUUUAAUGGAGUCUACAUCAGCACGGUGAACUACAUGCGACCCGGCCUGGGGGUCAACCAAGUGACCUGGGGCGCGUCGCCGAUCCACAUUGUGACGUACUACCGGUAUUUAAGGUUUUUCAGAGACGGGACGGUAAUCAGCCUGUUGACGACCGCCGAGCCGGGGGAGGUGGUGCAUCAUCUUACGAAGGAGUACGUUGCGCAGUUUGCGGGGCAAAAUAACAUCCCCGCCGGGGCGAACUUGCCCGGGGCGGUGAUGAGGUCUGCGUUGAAGGGACGGUGGAGGAUGGCACGGGAGGGAGAGAACCCGGGGGCUUCGUUGAGCGAGAUUGAGGGGGAUGUGAUUGUUGAGACGGAGGGAGUGACGACCCUGCCUUCAACCAACUUCAACACCAACGCCAACGCCAACACUACACCUCUCUCCUACACAAUGACCCCUAGACAAAAAGGAGGAGGCGGCAGCGGCGGGCCGAUAUCCUUCUUCAAAAGCGUCUACGACCUCGAGACCCUCGACACGCGCUUUGUGGUGCCAGCCUCCGUCCCCUACCGCGCCGCCGUCGCCGACCCGUCUUUUGGCAAGCCCGACAAGCGUGCGACGGCCCCCAGAUGGCAUACAUUUGAGUUUUGGGUGUAUUAUCUGGUGUUUGCGACCGCCGUGCCAUAUAUGUUUUGGGUGGCGUAUGAUGUGUCGAGACCGGAGGAUCCUAGGUAUAAGAAGUAUCAGAAGUACUUGUCUGAUGGUUGGAUUCCGGGGAGGAAGAUUGUAAGCCUCUACAACCCCUCUCCUCCCCCCCCCCGGUCCCCGCCCUUCAGCCUUCAGAGCGUCAUUCAAGACAGGAGGGACGAAGCUAACCAUCACCAGGACGUCUCCGACGCGCAAUACCACACCUUCCGCACAAACCUGCCCUACAUGGCGCUGCUGCUCAUCCUGCAUCCCCUUGCUCGCAAGCUCUGGAACACUCUAGUCCAUCCCAUCCCCGCCGACGCAGCUACCUCCCCCUCCGAAGCGGCCGCCGACCUGCGCCAGCGCCAGCGCACCUCUUUCGACUAUGCCUUCGCCCUGCUCUACCUUGUCGCCCUGCAUGGGUUCUCCGCAGCUAAGAUCCUGCUGAUCCUGGCGGCGAAUUAUAGGCUGGCGACAAGCCUGCCGAAAAGGUGGAUCCCUGUUGCGACGUGGACGUUUAAUAUCUGCAUCUUGUUCGCCAAUGAGUUGUGUCAGGGCUAUCGGUUUAGGGAUAUGGCGAUGUUGUGGACGGGGCCAGUUAAGAAGGGUGAUCCGGUCCCGCCGGUGGUGCAGCUAGGUAGAUGGUUGGAUCGGCAUGGGGGGUUGAUUAAUCGCUGGGAGAUUUUGUUUAACAUUACUGUUUUGAGGCUGAUCAGCUUCAAUUUGGAUUACUACUGGAGCUUGGACAGGAGGGCAUCCAGUCCGAUCGAGGUUCGUCUUGUCCCCUCCCACUUCUGUCUCUACCGAAACAAAUCUAAUGUCCCCAAGAAGAAACAACUAGACCCCUCCUCGCUCUCCGAACGCGACCGCGUUGCCCUCCCCGCCCCCUCUCACGCCUUCACCUUCCGCACCUACCUCGCCUACGCCAUCUACGCACCUCUCUACCUCACCGGCCCUAUCCUCACCUUCAACGACUACAUCUCCCAAUCGCGGCACCGCCCUGCGACCAUCUCCGGCGCUCGCACCCUCCGCUACGGCAUCCGCUUCUUUUUGGCGCUAUUAGCAAUGGAAAUCAUUUUACAUUAUGACUACGUCUGCGCGAUCAGCAAGGCCCGGCCCAAUUGGUCCUCCUAUACCCCGGCGCAGCUCUCACUACUCUCUUACUUCAACCUGCACCUAAUCUGGCUCAAGCUCCUUCUCCCCUGGCGCUUCUUCCGACUCUGGUCCCUUACAGACGGGAUUGAUCCCCCCGAAAACAUGCUCCGCUGCGUGAGCAACAAUUACUCGACUCUCUCCUUCUGGCGCGGGUGGCAUCGUAGCUACUAUCGCUGGCUCCUGCGAUACAUCUACAUCCCGUUGGGCGGCACCGACUUCUCGAGUGCCGCCAAGGCAGUCAAGAGCGUGGUGACGUACCUGACGGUCUUUACUUUCGUUGCCCUAUGGCACGACAUCAAGCUUAACCUCCUCGUCUGGGGAUGGCUGAUCGUACUAUUCUUCCUUCCCGAGAUUGCAGCUAACUAUCUAUUCCCCAAACGGAAGUGGGAGGCUGCGAGGCCGACUGCGUACAGGAUGUUGUGCGGGGUUGGGGCGGUGGGGAAUGUGUUGAUGAUGAUGAUGGCGAAUUUGGUUGGUUUUGCCGUGGGACUGGACGGGUUGGAGAGUAUUAUCAAAGGGAUUUUUAGGGAAUAUCAGGGAUUGGUGUUCUUAGGGACCGCGUGUGGAGCGUUGUUUGUCGGGAUACAGGUUAUGUUUGAGAUUCGGGCGGGAGAGUUGAGGAGAGGGGUAAAUUUGAAGUGUUGA